CUGUACCGCGUGACUUGGUUUGGCGGGAAAGCGAAGGUUUCCGAGAGAAGACGCGAAGAGGACACGCGCGAUGGCGGAUUCAUCCGAGUCUCAGCACGUGGGCGCCGGCAGCCCCGAGCCGCAUUCCCGGAGGGGAGACCUGACCUCCAGCCCCGGCAGAGACCUGCCCCCCUUUGAGGACGAGUCCGAGGGCCUGCUGGGCGACGUCACUCUGCCCGGGGACGACGACGACGACGGCGAGGACGGCGAUGGCGAGGAACUUAUCGGGGACGGCAUGGAACGUGACUAUCGGCCCAUCCCGGCGCUGGAUCGCUACGAGGCCGAGGGGCUGGACUUGGAUGAGGAGGACCCGGCCGAACUGUCCCCGGGAGCCCGGGCGGCCGCCGAGGAGGCCAUGAGGAGGCGCGAUCGCGAGCGGGGCUUCGGCGCGCGCCUCAGGAGAGGCCUGCUCUACGGUCAGACACGCCCGGCCGGCCGUCGCGCUGCGCCACCGUGCGCGGCCGAGGGCGCGGCCGAGGGAGACGAGGAGGAGAUGAUUGAGAGUAUCGAGAACCUGGAGGACAUGAAGGGCCACACGGUGAGGGAGUGGGUGUCCAUGGCCGCCCCCCGCCUGGAGAUCUACAACCGCUUCAAGAACUUUCUGCGCACGCACGUGGACGAGAGCGGCCGCAACGUCUUCAAGGAGAAGAUCGGCGACAUGUGCAAAGAGAACAAAGAGAGUUUGGGGGUGAACUAUGAAGACCUCGCGGCCAGGGAGCACGUGCUGGCUUACUUCCUUCCCGAAGCCCCCAUGGAGAUGUUGAAGGUGUUUGACGAGGCGGCCAAAGAGGUGGUCCUGGCCAUGUACCCCAAAUACGAGCGCAUCGCUCACGAGAUCCACGUGCGCAUCUGCAACCUGCCGCUGGUGGAGGAGAUUCGCUCGCUCAGGCAGCUCCAUCUGAACCAGCUCAUCCGCACCAGCGGCGUCGUGAGCAGUUGCACCGGCGUGCUGCCGCAGCUGGGCAUGGUCAAGUACAACUGCAACAAGUGCAACUUUGUACUGGGGCCCUUUUUCCAGUCCCAGAGCCAGGAGGUCAAACCGGGCUCGUGUCCCGAGUGCCAGUCGCAGGGACCCUUUGAGAUCAACAUGGAGGAGACCGUCUAUCAGAACUAUCAGAGGAUCACCAUCCAGGAAAGUCCCGGCAAGGUGGCCGCCGGACGUCUGCCGCGCUCCAAAGACGCCGUCCUGCUCGCCGACCUGGUGGAUAGCUGCAAGCCGGGAGACGAGAUCGAGCUGACGGGCAUCUACCACAACAACUACGACGGCUCUCUGAACGUGGCCAACGGCUUCCCGGUGUUCGCCACGGUCAUCCUGGCCAACCACGUGGCGCGGCGGGACGAAGGCGUGGCCGCGGCCGAGCUGACGGACGAAGACGUCAAGGCCAUCGUGGCUCUGUCCAAGGACGAGUGCGUCGGAGAAAGGAUCUUCGCCAGCAUUGCGCCGUCCAUCUACGGCCACGAGGACAUCAAAAGAGCUCUCGCCGUGGCCGUGUUUGGAGGCGAGGCCAAGAAUCCCGGUGGUAAACACAAGGUGCGAGGAGACAUCAACGUCCUCCUGUGCGGAGACCCCGGGACGGCCAAGUCGCAGUUCCUCAAGUACGUGGAGAAGGUGGCGAGCAGGGCCGUGUUCACCACGGGCCAGGGCGCGUCGGCCGUGGGCCUGACCGCCUACGUGCAGAGGCACCCCGUCAGCCGCGAGUGGACGCUGGAGGCCGGCGCGCUCGUGCUGGCCGACCGCGGCGUCUGCCUCAUUGACGAGUUUGACAAGAUGAACGACGCCGACCGCACGAGCAUCCACGAGGCGAUGGAGCAGCAAAGCAUCUCCAUCUCCAAGGCGGGCAUCGUCACUUCGCUGCAGGCCCGGUGCACGGUCAUCGCCGCUUCCAACCCCAUCGGUGGCAGGUACGACCCCUCGCUGACCUUUGCCGAGAACGUGGACCUGACCGAGCCCAUAGUGUCGCGUUUCGACGUCCUGUGCGUGGUCCGAGACACCGUGGACCCCGUCCAGGACGAGAUGCUGGCUCGCUUCGUGGUCGGCUCCCACGUCAAGCACCACCCCGGCAACAAGGAAGGGGGCGUGGCCUUGGAGGAGGUGCUGUUGCCCAACUCGUCCAACGUGGCGCCCAUCCCUCAGGAGCUCCUCAGGAAGUACAUCAUCUACGCCAAGGACAAGGUUCAUCCCAAACUCAACCAGAUGGACCAGGACAAGGUGGCGCGCAUCUACAGCGACCUGCGCAAAGAGUCCAUGGCGACGGGCAGCAUCCCCAUCACGGUGCGCCACAUCGAGUCGAUGAUCCGCAUGGCGGAGGCGCACGCCAAGAUGCACUUGCGCGACUACGUGAUGGAGGACGACGUCAACAUGGCGGUCCGCAUCAUGCUCGAAAGCUUCAUCGACACGCAAAAGUUCAGCGUCAUGCGCAGCAUGCGCAAGACGUUCUCUCGCUACCUGGCCUACCGCAAAGACAACAACGAGCUGCUGCUGUUCAUCCUCAAGCAGCUGGCGGCUGAGCGCGUUUCCUACCAGAGGAGCCGGUACGGAGCGCGCGACGACACUAUCGAGAUACCCGAGAAGGAUCUUCACGACAAGGCUCGUCAGAUCAACAUCCACAGCCUGUCUUCGUUCUACGACAGCGAGCCGUUCCGCACCAACAGGUUCACUUACGACGGCAAGAAGAAACUCAUCGUGCAGCAGUUCUGAGAAAAAUCAAAACGGUCAACCUGUAAAUAAGUGUACAUGUUCGUUCCUCUCCCUUGUUCUCGAUUAAACGUGACUUUGUUGUA